AUGGAAGUGGCCCCUUACUCAUACGCAAAACUGGCCAGGUCAGAACCCAACUCUACCAGGACGGCGCUCCCUAGUCGUCCUAUCGCCUCCAGGGAAAGUACUCAACCUUCCGAAACUAUGUCUAUUCGAAACGCCUCCUCUAUUGGCUCGAGGAGUCCUGCGGCUCAAAGUCAAAGUGAUUUUUCGGAAGCACCCAGCCCGUCGAUACAAGGAUCCGAGCGAGUCAACUCGAAAAGUCCUUCUCCAUUUGACCCUGUCCAUCAUGAGGGCUGGGCAACGAUAAAAUCGAAUCCCACAUCGAACCAGAGUGGCCAGGUAUGCAGCAAUUGUGGUACUACGAGAACGCCAUUAUGGAGACGUUCGCCCCAAGGUGCUACCAUCUGUAAUGCAUGCGGACUUUAUCUAAAGGCGCGCAAUUCGUCGCGCCCGACGAAUUUAAAACGGCCACCAUCGACUGUCACUACUACUCCGAAAAGGACACCCGAGAAGGCCUCUUCUAGCUCAUGUUCCCAAGGCAACCCAGCAAAUAUUCCCGGGGCUACCUAUGUCGCUGCGGAUCAAAUGCCCAAUGGAUCGUGUCCGGGUGGAGGACGAUGCAAUGGUACCGGCGGCGCGGAGGGAUGUAGCGGCUGCCCGGCGUAUAACAACCGAGUAGCGAAGAGUGCUCAACUCCAAAAUCAAAAUCGGGCAUCCGGCAGUGGAAGCGGGCCACAUCCAGACGAUGGGCCGACGCCGAUAGAUAUAAAUGCGCAGCAGGCCGCGGCUCAGAACACGACCGUAGUAAUAGCAUGUCAAAAUUGCGGUACUACGAUUACCCCGUUGUGGCGUCGUGAUGAGUCGGGCCAUACCAUAUGCAACGCCUGCGGGUUAUAUUACAAACUUCACGGAGUUCACCGGCCUGUUACUAUGAAGAAAUCUGUUAUUAAGAGGAGAAAGCGCGUAAUACCAGCAAAUCAAAUGGAUAGCGGGUCAGAGGAUGCAAUGACGAUCGAUUCUAUCGAACAGCAAAGUCCGUACAUCGAAAUCGAAAGGGAGCGUGGCACCGUUAACGAGGACGGAUCUGUUAAUCUCGGGUUACGUCGAAAGGCCGAACACCCACUCACGCUACUCCCUGAUCCCAUCCGAUCUGGCCCCGCGUCAGGUCCGAUAACCUCGACCGAUCUCAUAGCAUAUCACACUACUAAUGCUCCUCAUAAUAUCGAUAUUAGGGAUUCUUUCACCCACGAUAAUCGGCUGGCCCCUUUAAAAUCACUUGUGGCGUUAAGUGAUCGUCAGUCGUCCCUAUCUCCCGCGUCAUUUCAAUCGCCAUCAAGAAAGCGCUCCUUCUCGGGGACUGAUUCGGAGUACACGCCGAGCGAACCCGGACAUGAUAGCUCCAAAAGGCUAUCAUCGAUCAAGUCCCUUCUCAACCCGGCGUCAGAAUCGAAUUCAGGUUUUUUUCCGGUCGAUAACCUUGCCGAGGCUUUACGUCUUCGAUCACCGGCUACUACAAUCUUGUCAGCGCCAAGCCCCAGCCUGCAGGGGAUGACGAUAAACAUAUUGCCCGCUAUACAAUCCAGAGAGAGCACGGCGGAGGACGAGAAGUCGAAAGCGGAACGACUGGCGGCACUUCAAGAAGAAGCCGAACGGAUACGCCAGAUGCUCGCGGACAAAGAGCGCGAGAUGGCUGCACUACAGAAGUAG